CGCCUACUAAAUCUCAAACUUCAACUCUUAUUCAACGUUUAUAUUUUCAAUACUCUUUACCUCUUUUUAGAACUAUAUUAUUUUACUCCAUCUCAAUUGUCUCCUUCUUCAUCUAUCACCUAAAAUUUCCCAGAAACAACACAAAUAAAUGGCUAAAAUUUCCCCAGAUUUGGAUCCCUCAAUAUGGAGCAAAUUACCAGAUGAACUCUUAGAUUAUAUCCUUUGUUUUCUCUCUCUAAAAUCCAUCCUUAAUCUCAGAUCAACAUGUAAACGCUUCAAAUCUCUUCUCUUUAAUCCUUCUUUUCUUUCCAAAUUAUACCCAUCUUUUUCUUCAUCUUCUUCUUCUCCAUUUUCUUCUUUUCUUUUGUUAUCUCAUCCUCAUUUUAACCACCAUUUUCCUCUUUACAAUUCUGUUUCUGCAACUUGGAGAGAAUCCUCUUCAUCACCUUCACUACUUAACCCAUGUCCUUCAUCUUCAUCAUCUCUUUUAUCUUCUUCUAAUGGUUUACUUUGUUUUCAUCUUCAAAAUUCAUCAACUUUUUUAGUUUCUAAUCUCUUAUCUCGUUCUUCGACUCUUAUCAAAUCUCCUAGAUUAUCCUUCACGUUUGAGUUGCUUACUCUAGUUUCUUCACCAAAUGGGUUCAAGAUCUUUGUAUAUUCAUCAGAGUCUGUGUUCCUCUACGACUCUACGAUCCGAUCCUGGCGAAACUUUGGCGGGUUUGAUUCAAUAUUGAAUGAUAAUAUUCACCAAGAAGGUGUUUACAGAGAUGGGUAUCUGUAUUUUAUAACUUCUUAUCCUUAUUCUAUUGUCUCCUUUGAUUUGGAAAAGGGUGUUUGGGGUUAUCCUUUCGCCGAAAUGCCGACAAAUGAGCUCAUUUUUGCUAGGAUUGUGAUUAGUGAUGAUUGUGAAGAUGGUGCAGGGGGGAAGAAUAAAAUGUAUGUGAUUGGUGGGGUGGGAGGGAAUGGGAUUUCAAGGUGUUUGAAGGUGUGGGGAUUUGGAGGGAAAAAUGAUGAUAAUAAUAAUUGGGUGGAAGUGGAAAGUUUGCCAGAUUUGAUGUACAGAAAAUUGGUAUCAGUUUGUUAUCACAAUUAUGAGCAUAUCUAUUGUUUUUGGCACAAUGGUAUGAUAUGCAUAUGUUGCUAUAGUUGGCCUGAGAUUUUGUAUUAUAGGGUUUCUAGGAGGACUUGGCAUUGGUUGCCUAAAUGCCCUGCUUUGCCUAACAAAUGGAGUUGUGGGUUUCGUUGGUUUUCUUUUGUACCUAAGUUACAUGCUUCUAUUUGAGUUCAUGUUUGAUUAUUGUUGUUGCUGAAAAAAAAUUAUGAUAUACCUGGGUGUAUGAUGAAUGAACUCGUGGUUGUGGUUGUGGUUGUGAAUUUAAUUGCUCACUUUUGUUGUUGUGAGCUGACAUUUGAUGUUUAGAUGUGUUAUAAUUCUAUUAAAUAGGUGUUAAUGUCA